UGAAAAUAUGACAUUUGUGACUUGGGUAAUUAAUCAACCAAACAACAGAUUGUCACAUCAGGAAUGUGUUGCAUUUGAGAAAAACACAUGGAAUGAUCAGGACUGCCAAGAAUUCAAUCCGUUUUUUUGCUUCAAUGUGAAUGGAACAGGCAGCAACAGAUUUUUUUUUAGUGGUGAUUUGUUUAUGAACUGGUCUGACGCUCGGAGCUACUGUAGACAACAUUACACAGACCUGGCUACCAUCCGGAGUGAAGCUGAGAAUGACUAUCUGGUGCAAAUGACCGCAGGACAUGGUAGAGUAUGGAUUGGUCUGUUCAGGGACUGGUGGGAGUGGUCAGAUGGAACAAACUUUAACAAUACCGCCAUGAAUUGGAUGACUGGACAACCUGACAUAACCGGCCAGAGCUCACCCUGUGGUGCUGUAAAUCAUGAUGGUCUGAUGUAUGAUCAGCUCUGCACAGAAGCCUUUCCUUUCAUCUGUAGGAUCCGUGCAAAGAGACAGGUUGUGAAAGUGGAGGUGAAAUCUGGUCUGAAUCCAAAUGACCCUGCAGUGAUGGAGAUCAUCUUACAGUGGAUAAAGCAGAUACUGAAGGAUCAGGGGAUAGAGGAGGACAUAAGAUUGAGAUGGAGAGUUCAGCCAGAUGGAAAUGUGUUCUCACUAAAACUUCAUUAAGAAGAUGGUGCUGAGGAGAGGAGACAAAAAUAUAUUAAUCAAAAAAUAUAUGCAAGUGAAUUGUA